CGUCACGUCAGGAAAGAAGACGCCAUGAAGGCAGGCGGGCGGCCAUUGCUGUGUGUCGUGGCUCUGUGUGGCAAAAAAGGAGGUGGCGGACGGCGACCCGAGGACAUAUAGCGUUAAGGGUUAACCUGCUCUUUAUUUUACUUGCGAGACGAUUUAGUCACUCACAAUAAAGGUAUUAAGUCACUUAACGUCCAGAUAAUGUCCUUCAUAUUUGACUGGAUCUACAGUGGCUUCAGUAGUGUACUACAGUUUCUAGGACUGUAUAAAAAGUCUGGCAAGCUGGUGUUCCUGGGACUGGACAAUGCUGGGAAAACGACACUGCUGCACAUGCUGAAAGACGACCGGUUGGGACAGCAUGUGCCCACUCUGCACCCAACCUCUGAAGAGCUGACAAUAGCGGGAAUGACGUUUACCACCUUUGACCUGGGUGGCCAUGUACAAGCUCGGAGAGUAUGGAAGAACUACCUCCCGGCCAUCAACGGUAUUGUCUUCCUCGUGGAUUGUGCAGACUUGUCAAGGUUGGCGGAGUCCAAGACAGAGCUUGAUGCCCUUAUGACGGAUGAGACUAUUGGAAAUGUGCCUGUCUUGAUCCUUGGUAACAAAAUUGACCGACCAGAAGCCAUCGGUGAAGAGAGACUGCGUGAGCAGUUUGGCUUGUAUGGGCAGACCACAGGCAAGGGCAACAUCCCUAUGAAGGAGCUGAACACCAGGCCACUGGAGGUGUUCAUGUGCAGUGUUCUGAAGAGGCAAGGCUAUGGCGAAGGUUUCCGCUGGCUAUCCCAGUACAUCGAUUAGAGCAUAGCGACCAGGACAGAAGGAGAAACUGCAACCAUCGGUCUGCUUUCUGUUCAUAAAGCCUGUUUUCACUCAAAAUCCACCCCAACUUGAAACCAACAGACCAUCUGGAUGUACAGUUUCCACUUUUCUAGAAGAAUAUAGCACUGGCAGUGCAAACUGUUGAAUUCCCAACCUUACCCUGAAAAAUGUAUGUGUCAAACACAGCUGUAACCCAACUUGGACCAAAUUAUUUAGCUCUCAGCUCUACAAGAUCCCCGAACAGCAUGACUACUCAGUAUAGUUGUUUGCAUCUGAGUGCAUUUUUUUUAUAACUUGAGGGUGGAUGUGCAAACAAAAAAAUUAGACAAUGGUCAUGUGGAAGUAUGUGUUUUUUUUUUUUUCCCGAUAAACCUUCAGUAUGUAAUUAUGUAUACUGUCACCUAUAGAUUUUAUUUUGGUUUCUGGCUGAAUGGUGCCUUAAACAUCUCACCGUGUUUGGACCUGAUUUCAAUUUGAUGUUUGGAUUUACUCAUGAAAACACAUUUAAAAGUUCAGAUUUAAUUCUUUUCAGUUCAACACAUGCUGAAUGUUUUAAUGCUGAUUCUCCGUGAAUCCCACCAAGGCCGUCUUAGUCGUUGCAUAGAGAACAUAAGCCUUAUGUGACAGCCUACCUGGACUGCUCCACAAUUAGUCAUUACCGCACACAAAGCAGACGUGAAAAUAAUGAAUUGCUGUUGAAGUGAAGAACAUUCAUUCAAGUGUCUUUGUGGCGGUGGACUUGAUUGACACAAAGGUUUAUGUUGCACAACCGUCCCGAUGACGAAACUUUGAAUCGUGAAACAUGAGGUCCUUGAGAGUUUGGAGGUUGGAUUGGUGUAGUAAUCGUGGUCUCUCGUCUCGGUUACGAAAUUGUAAUCACAUUAGCUGCAGUCACUAAGGCAUGUUGAGGGACCUGCAUAGAUUGUGGUCACCAGAACUGAAGGUUUUGGUUCAUGUUAUGAAAGUGACGUGCAAAUGCAGAAGCAAUAUGAAGCUUAAACAUAGAUGGCAGAGGGAAUGAAUAUUAAGAAAUGAUCCCAGUCAUCAGGUGUAUGACUUCCAACAGUAAGCAUCCUGUUUGUUCGCUAUGUUAAAGAUGUGCAUGCCUUGGAAGUGUGAAAUAAAAAUGCUCAAACGAAUAUCGGAAGUACA